CUCACUUUCAUCAUCAUGUCGGAAACGCCGCCCUCUUUUGCCCAUCGAGAAUCGAGCGGAAAUGUACCAACGCUGCGCUCGGCAAUGAAACACACGACUUCGACGCCAUCUGUAACCUCCCGGCCGUCUUCACCCGGCCAAAUCUCCCCCGUGCUUGCCCAAGGCCAAAGCCCGACGACCACCGUUAUUCCACCAUCGCCCAACCCUGCUGCUGGCCUGCCGCUCCCUCCACACACGCCAGGAUACACGCAGAAAGUGUCGUUCGACACGUUUGAAAACCCUGUCGCGUCCAUGUUUUCGUUCACCCUGCGGGUAAAGUCAGAGGGCUAUGCCCACACACGGAACACAAGAGUCUUUCUAUGUGCUGCUGGGCCAGACGAGAGCGGACGGGAGGCACUUGACUGGUCGUUGGAGGGCCUCGUGCAAGACGGUGAUGAGUUAAUCGUGUGCAGGGGUGUUGAUGAAGAUGCGUUUGAGAAAGACCACAACUCGGUCCGGGAGGAGGCGAGACAGCUAAUGCUUCAGAUCCAAGAGAAGAGCGUGGAGUAUGACCCAGAAAGAAAGCUCUCGCUCAUCUUGGAAUUCAUACCUGGCCGGAUAACGGACACUCUUGACCGACUUAUUGCGUUGUACCGUCCAGACAGUGUUGUGGUCGGGACCCGGGGCAAACGCGCUUGGCAAACGAUGGCGAUGAUGGGGAAGGGGGGUAUUGGGAGCGUGAGCAAGUACUGUCUUACGCAUUCGCCUGUGCCGAUUAUUGUUGUGCGGCCUGAGCGGAAGGUGAAGAAGGCGAUUGAGAAGCGGAGGGCAGACCCGAAACGAGGGACGCAUUUUGACUCGGCGGAUGGACCUCCUGGAGCACCGCCGCCAAUGCAUCGGAAUGCCAAGACGUAUAAUGUUAUUGGGAGUGCGCCGCUGAGUUCGAGCUCGACGAAGAGCUAG